GAAAACCGGACAACGAGAGGAUACCGAAGGCAGCGUUAAGAUGGACACCACCGGGAAAACUAAGCCCGAAGGACCAACAAGGCGCCUGCUGUGUCGUGCAGAUAUGGGGGCAGUGAUAUCGCGAUGGAAAAAGACCAAACUUACCACUGUGGAGCAGCUAGAGAACCUGGACAAGGAGAUUACAAACCUGGAAGAGUUUCAAGCCAAAAACCAGCGACUUCAAAAGCUGUGGGUGGGCCGGCUGCUCAUCUACUCGUCCAUCUUGUACCUGCUGACCUGCCUGGUGGUCUACUGCCUCUACCUGCCUGAGCCAUGGCUGCACAGACUAGCCAUGGCCCUGCCCUUCUUCGUAUACCCUGCGCUGGUGUGGUUCAUCAGGAAGUUACUGAUCUUUCUCUUUUCCAAACGCACUGAGAGGAACAGCGACACAUUGGAAGACUUGAAGGCUACCAAAAAAAAGAUACUGGAAGAAGUGAAAGAAACGGAGACGUACAAAAAUGCCAAAGUCAUACUGGAACGCUUUGACCCGGAAGCAAAGAAGAACUUGGAGAUGGAGUCCACCCCAGUGUCACCUCAGAUGACCCCCAGGCCUGGACAAGACAUCCGCCAGCGGGGCGUGGCCAUGAGAUCCCCGGGGACCCCAGCCGCCAUGGUGAUGACUCCCCAGCACGGGGCUCAAACCCCACCGGGCCCUGGGGCCAGGCCUGUGGCUCCAGGGGGACCGCCUGAGAGAGCGGUAAUGUCUGCCUCUGGCCAGCAGGGGGCUAUGCCCAGGUCGCCCUACUCCACUAUACCAGGUGUGGGUCUGCAUCCUCCUGGUCCUCCUCUUUCAAGACCCGUUCUGCCCAGAGAAAGGGGUGCUUUGGACCGAGUGGUUGAGUACCUGGUGGGAGAUGGACCACAGAACAGAUACGCCCUAAUCUGUCAGCAGUGUUUCUCCCACAAUGGCAUGGCUCUGAAGGAAGAGUUUGAAUACCUUGCAUUCCGUUGUGCCUAUUGCUACUUCCUGAAUCCGGCAAGGAAGACGCGACCUCAGGCCCCCCGGCUGCCCGAGUUCAGCUACGAGAGGAAGCUGCGGGCCGAGCCACGAUCCCCGGGCCCACCACCGCCGUCCGACACGGAGGAGAGCGCCCCCCCAUCUGGAGCCAAGGCGCCGACGCCGUGGAAUUUGGUCCACAGUUUCCCGAUCCAGCAGCAGAACCCUCAGAAUCGAGCUCUGCACAGUCCAGACGAGCGAGAGCAAGGAGACGACGACGCUCGUCCUGACGCCGUGAAUCCUGUGAGUCACGGAGAUGAGCAACAAGAAAUGGAGACGGAGGAGGAGGCGAUGGAGGAGCUUGUCCAAGAAGCAGAAGAGGAGAAGGAGGAAGAGGAAGAGCAGAAAGGAGACCACUCCACAAGCGAUGCAGAACAUCGGCCGUCGUAGCUGCGCCGCCUGCAGGAGAAAAGGUGUUUGCAUCCGCCGCCACAGACACUCGAAGCUUGCAAAAUUGCACAUGGAGGACGCAUUUAUGUGCUUAUAUUUAUUUGAAUGAGCCGCUGCUUGAAGGCAAAACCAAUAUUGUUUGUUUAAUACUUAGGAGCCCUUUGUUUACGGCAUAAAGUUAGUAAUUGACUUCACACGAUAUCGCGUUAUUUGGAAAACACGACCAGUGGUGCAGCAACCACUAAAGUGUACCAGAUAAACUGCUUUAAGGUUUGAUGUGCUUUUUGAAAGUGCAAAUGUGAUGUACGAAAUCACACAAUCUAGGCUACAAUAUGUGUUACUUGAAAGAUCAACAGAAUUUAAAGAUUAUGUUUGUUCCGGUUGUUGCUAGGCAGAAUUCAUGGAGCACAAUCAACUGUUUUCCCUCCCAAAAACCCAAUUUAAGAAAAAAAUGCUGCAGCUUACAAUAAUAAUAAUACAUUGUCUGUAAUGUAAGGGUGCAUGAUUUUUUUCUCUCAAACCAAUUCAGAUAACUUCAUGCUUCUUAAAACCAAUACUGAUAAGUUAUGUACAUCUAUAAUUUUUUUUAAAAAUUUAGAUUUAAAUAUAACAUUUUUCAUCAAUUUACAUUGAAAUAUAACAUCAAUUAUUUUUUGACAAUUUAGAUUUACCAUAUUUUCUGGACUAUAGAGCACACAGUCAUAUACACUGUACCAACUAAAUUUUAGGAAAACAUUUUUUUUCUAUAUAUUAGCCGCUCCGGACUAUAAGCCGCAGAUAUAUAUAUAUACGUUGUAAAAUUAGCUAUUUACACAGAAAUAUUUUUUAAAUGUUUAUUUACAUACCUUAAUUGUUUCCAAACGGUGCCUGUAACACGGCAGUAAAAGAGCUGAUCAAACAAAACAGAAGUCAUAGUCAUGGACUCACUAGCUGCGCAAGCUAGCUCUCCAAUCAGCUAAAACAGUGACAUUUUGGUGAAUUUACUGAGAACAAUACAAAAAAAAUGCCUUUGUAAGUUAAUAAUACUAACACAGACACUUGUAAACGUGUUAGCAGUGAAGUCAUCGUCAUGGACUCACUUGUUGCGCAAGCUAGCUCUCCAAUCAGCUAAAACAGUGACGUUUUGGUGAAUUUGCUGAGAACAAUACAAAAACAAUGCCUUUGUAAGUUAAUAAUACUAACACAGACACUCGUAAACGUGUUAGCAUUUUAGCUAAUGCUAACGAGGCUAGCUUGAUUACGUGUACAAAUAUGCAUGAAAACACUCCGACAGACAUCACACAUGGGACAGUUCAGUAACUAAGAACUGUUUUAGUUAUAUUGCAAAACUUACAAACGUUGCUUUGCGUGAUGAAUGAAGAAUCCAUACGAGUACAAACGCUAUGGAUGCAUACUUGCCAACCUUGAGACCUCCGAAUUAGGGAGAUGGGGG